AUGCGUCAAUAUAUUCCUUGCACCACCUUGUAUCAGAACUCACAACUUCAAGAGUUCCUGUUCCUGGAUCCUGCACUGCAGAAGCAGGCAGUGAAUGCGAAGAAAAUGGAGAAAUUGAAGAAAAAGGUGGAAUGGAAGAAGGAGAAGAAACAGAAGCUCAUGGAAAAGCGGAAAUAUCCAGAGCAGAUGGAUGCCAAGGACCUAGCCCCGCUGCGACAGUGCCUGGGACCUGGCUGUGUGAAUCCCACCCGGCCAGGCUCCAAGUACUGCUCAGACAACUGUGGCAUGAAGCUGGCAGCUGAACGCAUCUAUGAGAUCCUGCCCCAGCGCAUCCAGCAGUGGAAUAACAGCCCCUGCAUUGCUGAGGAGCAUGGCAAGAAAAUGCUCGAGAGAAUCCUCCAUGAGCAGCAGGAUGCCCACACCCGCCUGAAGUACAUGGAGUGUCAGUUCCAUGAACUUGAGGCCAUCAUUCUGCGUGGCAAGCAGCAGGCUGUGUGCUAUGAUGAGGAGAGCACCAAAGUUAUCAACGACACCGUCCAACAGAUCUUCUGUGUCUCCUGUGGGAAAUCCAUCAGUAUGCAUGUUGCCCUCCGCCACAUGGAGCACUGCUUCGCCAAGUAUGAGUGCAAAUCGUCCUUCGGGUCCUUGUACCCCACUUGCAUUGAAGGGGCCACAAGACUCUUCUGUGAUGCUUAUGACCCAAAGAGUAAGAGGUAUUGUAAACGGCUCCAGGUGCUAUGCCCUGAGCACUCAAAGGACCCCAAGGUAACGGAUGAUGAGGUGUGUGGUUGCCCACUAGUGCACAAUGUCUUUGAACUCACCGGUAAUUUCUGCCGCCUCCCCAAACGCCUGUGCAUCCACCACUACUGCUGGGAAAAGCUGAGGCGUGCUGAGGUGGACCUAGAGCGCGUGCGAGCGUUGUACAAGUUGGAACAGCUGAGUGAGCAGGAGCACAAGGUGCGCACAGCUAUGAGGAACCGGGCGGGUCUGCUCGCCCUGAUGCUUCACCAGACAGUCCAGCAUGAUCCCCUCACCAAUGACCUGCGCUCUAAAGUACACAACUGA